UUAUUUUUUUGCUUUUAUUAAAUAAAUUAUUAAUGGAAUAUUCGAUUUAUUUACUAUUGUUUAUUUAUCAUCUAAUUAUAUAUUAUAAAUUAUUUUUUGUUUCAGUUGUGAUGCCUUGAAUUUGAAAUCGAUGCUGAGACAGCAGAAUGGCUCAAUCCACCCUCCUCAUUUUAGCCACCUUAGUGACUCCAUUAAUCAGCGCCCUUGAUACCUCGCAAUGUAUAGCACCGAUGGGAAUGGAAUCGGGCAUGAUCCCAGACGAAGAUAUUUCAGCUAGCUCUUCCUUUGACAGUGGAAACGUAGGCCCUCAACAUGGAAGAGUCCGGACAGAAAACCACGGCGGGGCCUGGUGCCCGAAACAGCAGAUUACGACUGAACCGAAGGAAUGGCUAGAGAUCGACCUACACUCUGUACAUGUUAUCACUGGAGCGGAGACCCAAGGGAGGUUCGGCAACGGGCAAGGCCAGGAAUUUGCCGAAGCGUACGUCCUGGAGUACUGGAGACCGCGGUUGGGGAAGUGGGUGCGCUACAGGAACAUCAAAGGCAAAGAGGUUAUAGAGGGUAACAAGAACACCUACCUGGGAGCCAAGAGGGACCUGGAUCCUCCGAUUUGGGCAAGCAAGAUCAGGUUCUACCCGUACAGCUUCCACCGUCGGACGGUUUGCAUGCGGGUGGAAAUUUAUGGAUGCUACUGGAAUGAUGGCAUAGUCAGUUAUUCGAUGCCUCAAGGAGACAAAAGAGGUCCUGCCUGGGAAUUCUUCGAUGCCACAUAUGAUGGCCACUGGGACUCGGAACUCCAGAGAGGUCUCGGUCAGUUGACGGAUGGUAAAGUAGGACCAGAGAACUUCAAGAUGGGAUACGACUAUGGCAAAGGCGCUGGAUGGGUUGGUUGGAGAAACGAUACCAGAGCCAACCAACCGAUUGAGAUUAAGUUUGAAUUCGACAAAGUUAGAGAAUUCAACUCCGUUCAUCUCUACUGCAAUAACGAGUUCACCAAGGAUAUACAGGUGUUCUCAGAAGUGAAGAUCAUGUUCAGUGUCGGAGGUACCUACUACUACGGCGACCCGAUAUCAUUCUCUUAUAUGGAGGACAGGAUCUUCGAGUACAACAGGAACGUGUCCAUCAAGCUCCACAGGCGGGUGGGUAGGUUCGUCAAGCUCCAACUCCACUUCGCUGCCAGGUGGAUCAUGAUAAGCGAAGUAACCUUCGAUUCAGCUAGUGACCUCAAGAAAGUUUUCACAAAGCAGGUCGCCAUUAGGAAGGAGGAGGGCACGGAGAUAAGAAAAAAUUCCAUCAUCAUCUCCAUUUCCUCCGGGGCGCCUAUCAUCACGGAAUAUCUCGUGAUAAGAGCAGAUCCUCCCUCUACCACCGCCCUCACAAAUAAAUUACUCAACGUCUUUCCUUUUCCAAUUCUGACCAUGGCACAUAGUGAAUUCCCAUCAUAUCCGGAAGAAGAAACAAAAGUUGGUGGAGGGCUCCUGGAGAACUGGCCAGAUGUUGCACAUGGAAACUUCACUCCUGAGUUACCUCCGAACCACGAGCGAUUACCCGUCCAGAGUGAUGUCUUCAUCGUGGACAAAGAGCAAAAUCGGCCGCAGUCCGAAAUACCUGUUGCGAAACAAGAUGACCACACCUACAUGGCUGUGAUCAUUGGUAUCCUGAUGGCCGUGAUUAUCCUCCUGGCUGUGUGCAUCUUCCUCAUCGUGUCUCGACAUCGACAGAGGAAGUGUUUCGCCUCGCCCCUGGCAGCCAAAAGUGUUCUACCUGGAGCCAUCAGCUCUGCCGGAAGCUCUUGCGGCACUGAGAAGGCCUACUCCUCGAAGGGGACCCUCCCGCUGGGCCCGGACACUGCCCUCUUGAUGGACAUGAAGAGUGACGAGUACCAGGAGCCUUACCAAGCCCUCAAGUACGCUCCUUACUAUUCUUACAGCACCGUUGUCAUGGAGAUGAGGGAUGCGCUGGACAAGCAGCCUCACCCGUCUGAUACAUCUUACGACUACGCAGUCCCGGAAGUGGCUAACAAUACUCUUCCCUUAUUGAGCGGAGAAAACCCACCUCUACCAUUAGUUCAAGAUAACAAAGAAUCCUUGUACCACAGUAAAGGCACAUCAAGAUCUAAAGAGGACAAGACGAAAAAGACUCCCACUCCUCAGGAUGUCCUUACCGCACUUAAAAGGAGGCUUGAGCAGACAUCUGUGCCUGAAUUCCCAAGACAUCGCCUUCGAAUGGUCACUCAGCUUGGGGAAGGAGCUUUUGGAACGGUUUAUGUAGCUGAAGCUGAUGGAAUUCCAGAAUAUGGUCUUAAUGCAAGCUUAGGGAAGAGGCUGGUAGCUGUGAAGUUCUUGCUGAGAAAUGCUACUGUUAAAGAAAAAUUUACUUCAAAUACACUUUUCAAGAUGUCUGGUCCUCCAGUAUUAUUUUAUGAUAAUUUAUGUGACUUUUUCUUGCUUUUAAAUGAUCGUGAUGUUCGCAUCCUAGGAGCAUUGGAAGAUGUGAAUAUCGCUCGUGUUCUCGGGGUGUGCUGGCGUGAAGAACCAUUCUGUGUUGUGAUGGAAUAUCUCGAACAUGGAGAUCUCACUCAGUUCCUUAAAACUCAUGUUCCUGCUGAGACAACCCACACACUUCCUCUAGGAGUCAAAACAUUAAGUUUCAACUGUCUCCUCUACAUGGCAACGCAGAUAGCAUCAGGCAUGAGAUAUCUGGAGUCCCUGAAUUUUGUUCAUCGGGAUCUAGCGACAAGAAACUGCCUUGUCGGUAAAGCUUAUCAGAUCAAGAUCUCAGACUUUGGGACUGAUAAUGAAGCCUAUGCUAGUGACUACUAUAAUGUCAAUGGAAGUAUGCCUCUUCCCGUACGUUGGAUGGCAUGGGAAUCAGUAUUUAUGGGUAAAUACACAACUAAGAGUGAUGUAUGGUCAUUCGGUGUUACUCUUUGGGAGAUCCUUUGUCUCUGCAGAAGGAGACCGUUCGACUCGCUCACUGAUGCCGAAGUGGUCGAGAAUCUAGCUCAUCUUCGAGAUGAGACUGGUGGGUUCGAACCCCUUCCCAGACCACCAGUUCCUUGCACAAAAGAUAUCGCAGAUUUGAUGGCUGAGUGUUGGAGGACUUCUGAAAUUCAAAGACCUACAUUUUGCCAGAUACACCUUUUCCUCCAAAGGAAAAAUCUCGGGUAUGCGCCUGUUUCGUGAAAUUGUUUUGAUGGUUGAAGGAUUUAUUUAUUUAUUUAUCAUAAAUAACUUUUUUUUAUUAACUGAUUCCAAUAGUGGAAAGAUCUGCUCCCUUCAUUGUAUAAUAAAAAUAUAAUGAUUAAGUUAAUUUAAUUAGUUUUUAAAAUAACUGUUUUCAUCUUAUUUACUACUGAAUAAUAGAAUGGUAAGUAGCCUUCUAGAACUUUAUAAGCUAAGGUUAUCUCUUUUCAAUUGAUGAGAAUUUAACUAACAUUUUCUUCAGCGUUUUUAUAUAAAAUAGUACUCACUAUUUUCCUUUAGAACCACAAUUUUUAUCGGCUACCUUAUCACUUUUUCUCAAACUAAGUUUUAAUGUGUCAUUACAGAUAUUAAUAAUAUACAUCUGCUUUACAUUGGUAUUAUAUGAUGAGUGGUUAUUUUUUUCUUUGGGAUCAGUUAUAAAAAAGAAAAAAAUUAAAACAAGUGGCUAGUAAUACAUAGUUUUGAAAAUCCUAAAAAUUGUUUUCCUGUAAUAAACUUAAUGAGUUGAUGAAGCUAUUUUCCUGUCAGAUGACGACUUGUUUUAAAUGAAAGCAUGACCAAAAGAAAAAUAUUUCUAUAUGUACAAAGACUAUUGAAAUGAACCUUUAUGAAGGUUUACUAAAUAAAAAUGUAACUCUCCAUUGUUAUAUUAAAGUUAUUAUUGUAUAUGACAAUGUAUAUUUUGUAAAUCACUAUAUGUAUGUUGUAUGUAAAAGUUUAUGAUGUAAUCUAUUAUUUUUUAAAAAUAUAUAUAGUUGUGAUUUGUAUGUAUUCUACCUUUUGUUCAGUGCUUUUUUUUAUAUAUGUUUUCAUUUGCAUGAAAAAAUUUUAUAAUUAGAAUUGAUGGCGUUCUGAUAUUGUUUGUUAAUUAUACAUUUUUUUUAAAUUAUGCUGAUUCCUGAGUCUAGUUACUUUUAUCAAAUUUUCAUUAUAUAAAACAAUUCUUUGUUUUUCAUUAAUUUAAAAUCGCUGAAUAGUUCUGUAUUUAUUAUAAUUCAGAUAAAUGGAGUUUUGAAAAUGAAUCUUCCUCAUUUUUAUGUUUUGUAUUCUGUAACUUAGUUUUAACUGGUAUCGAUGUAAUCUUACACUAGGGAAGAACUUUAAUGCUCAUUUGUAACUUGUGCUUAAGCAUUUGCAUGUACUAAAUUUAUUUCAUAGCACCAGUUUAUUGUGCUCUGUUUAUAAUGUAAAGUGAUAUUAAAGACUUGCCUGUAAAUAAUUUGAUAUAUGCAUUAAUUUUAGGUAGUUAUAUAACUGAAAAUAAAUAUAUACAUUAGUACAUAUAUACAUAUAAAAUAUCUAAAUGUAUGCACUCAUCUAUAUAGUAGAAUAAUGUGCAUUUUAUUCUUUUGUAAAUAAUAAGAAAAAAUCAACAUCGAAUUAUUAAAACUAAUUGAAUUUUCAGAGAACACUAUGAGAUCCCUCUUAUAUCACCAGCUUGAAUCUUAAGCUUGUGCGAAUUUAUUUCUAAUUAUUUUUAUUGUACCAGUUGUCUAAUAUAUUUUUGUUUAUAACCAGUUGGUAUAGAGGAUAUUUUAUUCUAAAAGAGAAGAAAUUUUAUCACCACAAUUGAUCUUUUGAAAUGUUUUCAAUUAUAUAUUUUCUUAAUGAACUUCUUGUUAAAUGCUAAUUAUAGCAACUGGUUCCCUAUUUGGGGAAAGUUGUAUGACCAAUAUAACUUCUAGUUUUGUGCGUAGAUCUUUUAUUUUAUUGCAUAUUUAUAUAUGUACAUAUAUAUAACACCAGUGUAAAGUAAAUAUAUUUAAAUAAAUGAGUUGUAUCACUUUUCAUACUUGACAUAUUGUAUAAUUUUUAGAAUGAUUUUAUGAGGAUGUCAAAAAUACAAAGCCAUGGACAGAUGAGGAUAUCUAUCAAAUAUUUGUAAAUAAAGUAAAUAUUAUUUAUUGAGAACAUAUCUAUCUAUUUGAAGUUUAUUGUGAGACAGGGAACAGAACAGAUGAUAUUUUAAUACAAAAUUAUCGAGAAAUAUAAAUGACAAUAAGAUAUAGUAAUGCAGUUUGUACAAUUACUAUUAACAAGCAAUUUAGAGUUUGAUAAAUGAUUAUGUUAUUUAGUUUGUUGAUUGAUAACACAGGUUAAAGCUUUUUAGAAUCAUUAGCUUAAAAAUAAGUGUUUUUAACUAUUUAGAUUCUCUAGUUUAUUAGUGAUUUAUUCCAACUUUUUAUUUAUUUUCCAUUUUGUUCUUUGUUUAAUCCAUUGGCUGAUAAAAAGCGAUGCAUUGUGGUGACAAUCAUACUGACUGCGAGAAAAUUCUCCUCACAUUUCCUCUUAAGGCAUUUUUUAGUUUUCUCACAUCUAGUAUACUUGUCUAUCGUUUGAUAUGUUAGCAAUGUGUGGAUGUUUUCUUGACAUCUUAUUCGCAGUUAUAACACUGUUCGAAAUUUGUAAUCUUAAGGUCAGUUGUAAACUAAUAAAUCUUUGUAUACGUAAGUAUCUACCCUUUCUAAAGGAUACUCCUCUAGCUGUAUUGUAUUCUCAACUGGUGUUUAAAAAAAAAAAAAUUAAAUGAAAUAAUAAUUGAAGCUAAAUGUUUACUGAGGCAUGUUGCUUUAUAGACUAAGUAUCAGAUCGUAUUUUCAAUGUUAAGUUUUGUAAUUUAUAGAAUGUAUAUACCUUUGUGAUGUAUGAUUUGUAUUAAAUAUUGAUUAUGUGAUAUAUAGCAAGCCAAUCAUAUUCUUAUGUUUGGUUAUGGUUUCCGUAAGCCUACAAUUGUAUAUAAUACUAUAUAUGAAUGUGGUAAUUAGUAUGUGUUUAUGGUUUAUUAUAGUAGGACCAUUUUUAGUAUUUAUAAUUAUACAUAUUGACUAUACGGUCGAAUGAGUUUAUUUAUAAAUAAUUCUGUAUUAAAAGUUUAAGUUAUCAAUCCUAGUCAUAAAAUUAAAAAUAGAUUUUUAACUGAUUGUAGAUUUGCGUGUUCAGCGAUGAGACUCUUGUACAUUUUUAAUGUUAUAUGUAUAUAGUUUAGAUAAAUGGUGUUUUGAUUGACAUUGAUAACAUCUGAUGUCUAUAUAUGUAUGUAAGUCUAUAUUUGGCUAUAUAAUAGUAGUUUUGGCACGAUUAGACACCUCAAGACUUUACGCACGAAAAAACAUCGACAUUAAUAAGUAAAUAAAUUUAUUGACUAUUUUCUUAAAACUUAUCGACGUGCAAAAGCAUGGAUCGGUGUUUCUCUUUCACAGUGAUUAGGGUCUAUCUAAGUGCACAACGACCUAUCUCGUGUAACAAAUUAUUUAAAUAGUUAUUUAUUUAAUGACUACAUAUCAGACUGUAUGAAAUUUAUUCUAUUAUGUUUCAUUCGGUUUACUUUUUUGUACUUUCUCCAUUCGAUGAAAAGAAUGGCACUAAUUAUUAUUUAAUAUAUUGUAUAUUGGUCUUGAUUAGAAAAUGACCAUACUGUUUAAUAAAAAUGAAAUAAACAGUUAUUGUUCA